AUGCAGGAAGUACAAUUUGCAUGUAAUUUUUUACUUUUAGUUUCAGAUUAUCCCCUUUUCUGUGUGCAUUUACUAGAAGCUUAUAUGAAUCUGUGUCAUCUUUCAUCGAGUAAAAUGCCUGGUAUAGCAGAAUUAGAGUUGAAGCUCUCUGAGUAUAACAAAAAGAUGUCAUAUCUGCAACAGAUGGUUCAGGAGCUAGCCUCAAAGUAUGACUAUAAUCCGAACAAAGACUAUGCCGAGACAGAGCCGAAGUUGAGGGAACAUUGCAAUCGUUUAUCGGAACAGUAA